AUGAGUUCACAGGUUAUUGCAGGGUUAUGUGUAUAUUACACUAAUCUUAGUAAUAUGACUAUGAAUAGAGUGCGAUUGGGGUUUCCGAGGAAAAUGUGUGUUGGACCGGGUCAACAGAACCACAAGCCCUUUCCCUGCACAGCACAGCGGUUACAUGUGUUGGAAUAUAAUGCCUUCGGAAGACUACGAAAGAGAUGCUAUGUGAAUGGGAAAAGACUCGGAUUACUGAGGGUACCUGUUGCACGUCCGUUUAUUCAUAAUUUUUCAAGGGCUUCGUCCCCGCUCUCCAUCUGCAAAUUUAGGGGGUUUGUUCAGCCUCCAUAUUUGUGUAGCUCCGGGAACUGGCUAAACACGCGGUCCAGUUAUAGCACACCGGCCGGUCCGGACAAAGCGACACAGCCUGGAGAGGAUAACAAAAAGCAUCCUGCACCUGACACAAAUAACAAAUUCACACGGAUACCAUCCGAAGAUGUCAAAAGGCUUUUACAGCUAGCUUACCCGGAGCGCUGGCGACUGACAGUGGCUGUGGGGUGCCUGGUAGUGUCCAGCGCAGUCACCAUGUCGGCUCCCUUCUUCCUGGGCCGAGUGAUUGACACCAUCUACCUGAACUCCUCCCCGGACUUCAGCUCCUCCCUUGCCUCCCUGUGCACUAUGCUGUGCGGGGUCUUCCUCUGUGGUGCCGCUGCCAACGCCGCUCGGGUCUACCUCAUGCAGAGCUCAGGGCAGCAGAUUGUGAGAAACUUACGCGAAUCCCUUUUUUCCUCGAUUUUGAGGCAGGAGAUGGGUUUCUUCGACAAGGCACGCACCGGCGAGCUCAUUAACCGCCUGUCUGCGGACACGGCUCUUAUCGGGCACUCGCUCACCGACAACCUUUCCGACGGCCUCCGUGCCGUUGCCCAGGCAACGGCUGGAAUCAGCAUGAUGUUUUAUGUGUCCCCCAGUCUGGCCUCGUUCGUACUGAUGAUCGUCCCUCCCAUGGCCGGCCUGGCUGUGGUCUACGGGCGAUACCUGCGCUCCAUUUCCCGGAGAACGCAGGACUCCCUGGCAGAGUCCACACAGCUGGCAGAGGAGCGGAUCAGCAAUCUGAGGACAGUGCGCGCGUUUGGGAAGGAGCUGGCGGAGGUGGAGAAGUACGUGGAGAAAGUAAACCACAUCCUCAUGCUGGCCAAGAAAGAGGCGGUGCUUCGGGCAGGGUUCUUCGGAGCAACGGGCUUGAGUGGAAACUUGCUCAUCCUGGCGGUGCUGUAUAAGGGCGGGCUCCUGAUGGGCAGCGAGCACAUGACCGUGGGGGAGCUCUCUUCCUUCCUUAUGUACGCCUUCUGGGUGGGAGUCAGCAUCUCAGGACUGAGCUCGUUUUACUCUGAGCUGAUGAAGGGCUUUGGAGCGGGGACCCGGCUGUGGGAGCUGCUGGACAGGAAGCCGGAGUUUCCCUUAAACGAGGGUAUUGUGCUGCAGCCGGGGCAGCUGAAGGGAGAGCUGGAGUUUCGGAACGUGUCCUUCGCCUACCCGACCCGCAAGGAUGCGCCCAUCUUCCAGGACCUGAGCCUGCACGUUCCAGCAGGAUCCGUGCUGGCAGUGGUGGGGCCCAGCGGGUCUGGAAAAUCCACCCUGGUGUCCCUGCUGCUACGGCUGUACGACCCAGAUGCAGGCAUCAUCACUGUGGAUGGCCAUGAUGUGCGCGAACUGAACCCGUACUGGCUGCGGAGUCACAUUGGCACAGUCAGUCAGGAGCCUGUGCUGUUCUCCUGCUCCGUGGCGGAGAACAUAGCGUACGGAGCCGCGGACCCCAGCCUGGUGACGGCGCAGGACGUCCAGCGGGCGGCGCACAUGGCUAACGCCUACACCUUCGUCCAGGACUUCCCCCAGGGCUUCCAGACGCUGGUGGGGGAGAAGGGGGUGCUACUGUCAGGUGGUCAGAAGCAGAGGAUUGCCAUCGCCCGUGCACUACUGAAGAAUCCCAAGAUUCUUCUGUUGGAUGAGGCCACAAGCGCUCUGGACGCAGAGAACGAGUUCUUGGUCCAGGAGGCCCUGGAGAGGCUGAUGCAGGGGCGGACUGUGCUGAUCAUCGCUCACCGGCUCUCCACCAUCCAGAAUGCGGACGCGGUGGCGGUGCUGGAUCAGCGGCGGGUGGUGGAGAUCGGCCGCCACGCCGAGCUGCUGAGGAACCGGCAGGGACUGUUCCGGAAGCUGAUGGAGAAGCAGGCCUUCCUGCAGGCCGAACACAAGCAGGUCCUGCGGGAGUAGAGGUGGGGAUGGAGAGGGUGGAGUCCCUUGCCAAGGCUCCCCCCCCCCACCCCCACUGAUACUGUGUCUGAAACAGCUGUGUUUGAACAGAUAUUUUUAAUAGCGGACUGUCAAAUAAUAAAAUGGGGGGUGGCAGAAGAUGUUCCACCAUUGCGGUGAAGUACCAGCCUGCCUGUUUAAGGGCCUGUUUCAUCAACACUGUCCAAGCAGUCCAAGCUACUAUAAGUCCAGCAACAGUCCAGACACUGCAGGCCUCCCAGUUUAAUAAUUUAAUGCACCAAAGUGAGUCACGUGUUAGGCACUCAGGCCCUUCAUCAGAUUUCUAGUGAGCCCGAGUGGAGGGGACCAGACGGGACGGGACGGGACAGCACCACUGUACACAUUCUCUCACCUGGGGACUCUGGGACAGACCUGCUGUGAGGUACUAACCUAUUACAUUCACUGCACUGGAGAUGUUUAUAAUACAGAGUCAAACGCUUGAAGGGUUUUUGAAGUACUGAAUUAGCACCACGCGUUAAAAUUGAGGCAUUCAAAAUUCAGCGGUUCUGUUUUUCAGGAUUGCCAACAGUUUUGUCACUGAUGUCCAUGUGAUGCACUAUAAACUAAAUCAGACAAUCCUUUGGCUUCUCCACUCUGCAUUAAGAAGCACAGAGGCAUUGGAGAGUUAACACAUCAUUAUAGAAAUGGUCACAAUAAUUACAAUCACAGUAUUCUGGGACAAUUACUUCACUCACUUCUGUUGCUUCUGACUACAUUCAUUUUAGAUACACAUUCUCUUGAAGUCAUUAACCAUUUGAGGUCACUCAAAAUUACCCAUGAUGCACGGUUUUGUGUACAGCCCAUUACCCAUAAUGCACUGUUUAGGACACUGCUGGCACUUUAUGGUCAUAUCAUAAUGAUUACAUCAAGUAUGUGGGCAUAGUUAAAGGACUAACUUGUAUUUGACGAAACCAUAAGUUGCAUCUUGGGACAUUUUUAAUGGUCUGACAGCAACAGCAGAUUUCAGAAAACAUUAUUCAAGCCACAGAGAACGUGUCCUUGUGCUAAGGAUAGUCAAUAUCCUUUUUUAAAUUAUAAAAAAAAGAUUUUAUGGCAAAAAGACAGGGUAACGUAUAUAAAGUAUUUGCCUUUUAUUUAAGAAAAUAAGAAUACAGCACUAUUUAUAAUCAUGUUUAUAGUUUUAUUCUUACUAUAUUAUAUUUUAACAGAUAUCCCAUGUACUGCAACAGCGCAAUGUCGAGCAUAACAUUUUGUAUAACUGGAAAAACAUAUCUUUCCUCAGAUUCCUUAUUUUCUGUGCUACACUUUAAACAGAAUACAGUAGUUCUUUAAGAAAUUGGCUGCGCAACACUCAAGUCAUUCCAAGAGAUCAGAUUUUGUCCCAUAUAAAAGCACAUUGGUUUGUGUCACAUUCAUGCAUGUUUUAACAUGGUUUUGAAAAAAAUGAACCAAAAUGAAUCACUGGCAUAGCAAAAAUACAAUGAGCCCUCUUACAUUAACUAAUCUUUGACAGAAAUGUUUCAUACAACCUUAUGAUUGCAAAAUUUACACUCCUCAAACCUUACCUUUUACCACCACGUUCUCACUGGACAUUCUCACUUCUGAGCUGUCAGUCAUAUUACUUUAACUGGCCCUUUAAAGGAAAGAGGGGUGACAGGUCACUCAGGAGUGGAGUGUGUUUUUGCUAGAACUGGCUGACACACACAGACCAUGUGAGCUAUCGCUGAUGCUACUCCAGGUGCUCUGCUAAGGAAUGGUGAUUCAAUGUGCUUUCAGAGCAGGGGAGUUGGUUAUAGUACAUGAGUUUAACAGUCAAAUUUUCACAAAUGUUUAAACACAGGAUCACAGAUUGAUCGGUUUACUGGCACUCAGUUUAUUAACAAGAAAUCCUGUUCUUUCAUAAAUACUCAAUAAAUACUCAAUAAACUCAGUAAAAUAAUUCAUUAUUCAGUGAUGUUAACCGGAAGAACUGUCUGUGGUAGAGAAACUGUUGCUGUAUGUAUGUGAAGUGAAUGGGAGUUUUGUACAGUGCUCCAUGAGCCAGUAAUCUUAUUUUGCCACUAUCUGGGAAGGUACAGAAUGUUGGAAUAUUUAUCUGUUGAUACUGGAUAUGCCUCCUGAUUAUCAGGGCUUCUCUUCUUGUUCCACCACAGUGUAUUUUUAAUUUCCGUCAUUUCUAAUUUGUGUGCUGUUGCUGCAGUUUGUCAAAUAAAAUUUAUUAAUAUACUGA